ACCAAUAAUCACAUUAUUCUGUUUCGGCCUGACGCCUCCCGAAGCGGGCGGAAGUGGCGAUGUCAAGUCGUGGCACCGCCGCUGGCGCGCUUGUCUCUCAAAGCUGAACUGCGCGUUUAAACACCAGUCAUUUGUUCUCGGGAGUUUGGAUGGUUUCCCCAGCGAAGGUGAUGUGAGUGAAGUUGGGUGAGCGUUCCUGCGGUAGGUGGUUGGCUGGGUGGCGUGCAUCCCCGUGUGCAGAGCACGCAUUCUGCAGCACAUCCAGACCGAUCACUGCAGCCUGAGCUGGAAGCGCAAUAAAUUACUCUGGACCUCACCCAACCUCUGCCACUGAUAUAUUAGAGGGGCAGAUGGUCAGUCAUGGCACGUUUAGGUUCCAACACAAUGAACUGCACCCACCCUGAGAAGGAUUUUCCAGUUGUCCAUGCAGUUACAGUCUCCAAUGCAUUCGUGUCUCGGAGGGCUACAACUCCAUCUGUUUGACCACAUCCUCAUCUUCGCUCCUCAUUAAUAGCCAUCAUGGAGGACAGCAAGCUGAUCUUCAGUCUGGACCGCCAUGAGGAGGGUCCUUCUGUGACCUUUUCCAAAGACAAACCAGAAACCAGGGAGAGCCAGCCUGAACCCAGUUUGUGGAUCAAUCUGGACCUUAGCCAAGGGCAACGCUCCCAGCCUCUCUUCCUGCCUCACUCCCCCUCUUCCCCAGGCUCGUUAGCUGAUCUAUCAGAGUCAUCAGCAGGCCUGCCUGUCACCACCAACCUAGUGAAAUCUUCCUCCACGGAUCUGGAGCCAAGGGAGAGCAGCUCUUUAAGAAGCAAGCCCCUCCUCAGUCUGGUCAAGUCUCUGAGCACAGAGAUCUCCCGCCGUGUAGAGCCAGAGGUCAAUCUCUCCAAGUCUGACUCCAAGCUACAUUUGCAUCCUUUUAAGCAGCUUACAUAUCCAAAGAUCCUGGAGGCCAGACCUGAAACAGGAGGAAUGGAUGAGAACGACGCCUGGGUUUCACCUCCCUCCAUGGGCAGCAUGUCUCCCACGGAGCCACGGGGCAGUUCGCUUAUCGCUGAGCUGGAGGACACACGGCGGAAGUUCUCGGAGGCCAUGCAGGACCAACUGAGCAUGCUGAGUAAGAUUAUGGGGGAUGAAAGCUCUGGAAGCCCCAAGCAGGGGAGGACUUCUGGUGCAGGAGAAUCACCAGCCUCCCACAGCACUGGUGGAAGAGAUGGAAGCAGCGACGAAGGAGGCCUUAGGUGUCGGAGGAGAACUGACGGUGAGCACAAAGGGGUAUGUGACACUGCCGUCAGACGACUCCAAAAGGAUUCAUUAAUGAAAUCCUCCAUCUCCCCAGAACGGCACACCCACAGCAGAGACAAACAUUUGGAAAUCUGCACCUAUGGGGAUAUGAUUCAGGUGGUGGAGCGCCAGAACAGCUCCAGAGAGACACAUCCUAGAACUUACCCUCAGUGUCAAGUGACAGUGCCGGGUUCAUCUUUGCCUCUUCACUGGCUCUUUCCUGUGGGCCUUCUAGCUUAUGGUUUCUUUGUCCUGCCUCUUCCUCCCUACGUGACAGGUCUGUCCGUGGGGAUUGCGUGUGGCUUUAUGCUGGGCUUGGUACUGGUGUUCAUGUUUGCCCCUCAACGCUCAGUCGCCAAAAGGAACUGGGUCUUACAUAGCAAACUCAGUGCCAUGAGCGACAAUCCACUGGACGGAGAGCUCGCAAAUCUACACAACCUACAGGGCUGGAUGAAUGAGACACACAGCUAUGACCCUGAGACUUUCCACCCCUCCAUCACACACUCUGUCUAUGUUACACUGGAAGGCAGCCGGCUGCAACUAGCAUACCCACGUGCCAACAUCGCCCGGUGGGCUUCUUUCGACGAGACACCCCACAAAGCCGUGUUUCUGCAUUCACGCACUUACCAGCUGGCUAACUGUAAGGUGUCUCUGGUGCCUCCUGGUUUGGCUCGUAAGAGGGUAUGGAACAGGAAGUACCCAAUCUGCAUCACUCUGGCUGAGGGGGAGGAAGGGGAGGAAAGCGUGGUUGAAGGGCAGGAAACCGAAGAAGAAAGGGCAGAGAAAAACACAGAUCCCCACCAGCAGUUUCCCGUCACCCUCUACCUGUUUGGGCGCACUGGAAGAGAGAAGGAGGAGUGGUUCCAGCAUUUUGUGUCAGCCUCCAGAGCCGGAGCCCAGACCAGUGUGAGCGAUGAAGGAAACACAGAAACACUAAGCAGUGGAGAGACCAUUAAAGAAAGCACAGAGGAGCUGCCUGAUUUCCCAGGAGCAAUGAAAGCAAGAACCCUAUUGGACUACAGCUCCUACAUGAUUCAGCUAAUGGGCUCAGAAAGUUGCAAUCCCACCCCCAGCCCCUGCCACAGUGACAAGGGAAGCCCCACGACUUGCAAGAAGAUUGACGCCAAAGAGCAUGGUUCUGGAGGUCAGGGUGGAGUUGAGGCUGGUGCAGGUAGUGGGCCGGGGGAAUUCUCUGCAGAGAGUGAGCCCACCUGGGUUAACUGUCUGGUGGGAAGAAUCUUCUGGGACUUUCUCCGGGAGAAAUACUGGGCCGAUCAGGUGGCGCACAAAAUCCAGAAGAAACUCAGCAAGAUCAAGCUGCCGUACUUCAUGAAUGAGCUGACUCUGGCUGAUCUGGACAUGGGCACCUGCCUACCUCAUAUCCUUAGCACAUCCAAACCUACGCUGGACUCCAGAGGUCUGUGGCUACAGCUAGAGUUGGUGUACACCGGCUGCCUUCAGAUGACCCUGGAGACCAAGAUGAACCUGUGUAAGCUGGGUAAAGAGGGAGAGGAUGAGGCUCACAGUGUACCAGAGACCCAGAAAGUGGGCUCUAAGAUGAAGCUGUGUAUACUGGCCGAUAGUGAUGAAGAGUCAUCCAGCGCAGGGUCAUCUGAUGAAGAGGAGGUGCCUCCGUCUGAGCUACAGGGAUGCGUGGGAGACAAGAGUCCUGUAAUGGCAGCCGACGGGCACACAGGUGGCAGGACAAGCAGGAAAAUCUUGAGAUUCGUGGACAAGAUAGCAAAGUCCAAAUACUUCCAGAAAGCCACAGAGAAUGAGUACAUAAGAAAGAAGAUAUCUGAGGUCUCCAACAUGCCCCUGAUGCUAAGCGUUGAGGUCCUGGAGCUUUCUGGGACGCUGGCCAUCAACAUCCCUCCUCCUCCUACUGACAGGAUAUGGUACAGUUUCCGGUUGCCUCCCAGGUUGGACCUUCACGUGCGUCCCAUGCUGGGGGAGAGGGAGGUCACCUUCACUCAUGUCACUGAGUGGAUUGAGAAAAAACUGCAGUGUGAGUUCCAGAAAGUGUUUGUCAUGCCCAACAUGGAUGAUCUUUAUCUGCCCCUCAUGACAUCUGGACUGGACAACCCACCCGCAUCCCACCAUUCCUCAAUCCAUUCCUCAUCCCAGCAGUCGUCCAUGGAGUCUCAGGAGUACCUGUCAGAGUAGGCGCGGCUGAUGCCUCAGAUGUUGAGGCAAAAUUGCUGAUGUUCAGCUAUUAUCCUGAAUCUCUAAUGGAUUCAGAGGCUGCUGCAGCUGGGUCCCAGCUUGAGUGGGUUCUCUGUUACCAGUGCAGGACAAAUGUCUCCUGAAGCCUCGCUGAGCUCAGCAGUGACCUCGUGACUGUGAGAAUGAUGCUGCAGUGCCCCCUACUGUGAAGUUCAUUACUGACAAGAGAAGUGUUUUUUAAAAUGCUGACAACCGCUAACUGCACAAAAUUAAAGGGUUAUUGAUGUAUUUUUAAAAGGGAAUGCUGUUUGAGCCAACUAUCAUCCAUCCAUCCAUCCA